GUUUUGAGAUCAGGAGCGAUGAGAAACACCUUCCCCUUUGUCAAACACCAGGAAGUGAUGCGUGCACGUAUAUUCUUUCUGUGAAGCUGAGUUUCCCCUCAUCUGCCAGGAUUAAUGUCGUUUAAUAAACCUUAUUUCUACUCGAUCUGAUACAUAUGCGGUACGUGCACUUUUUGUUUACCUGACGAGUCAACCUGACAGGUGCAAAUCAGACAUCAUCUGGUUCUCUCCAUCAUGUCAGAUAUGAAUGAGAACUCUUUAAACAUAAAUUUCCUGAAGGAGUCUGCGCUGAAGAGGCUCUGCGAGGCUCUCGACAAGGCCAACAACAAGGGAUGGCGGAAACUGGGGGAGAUCGUGAAAAAUGACAAGCGAUUCAAAAUGAGUGUGGAUGAUAUGGACAUGUGCUCUCUGAAGGUUUUGGAGUUGGACGGCAGUCCCUCACGUGCCAUGCUUAAGCUCAUGGGAGAUCAAGGCUGUGUGGUGGGGGAUCUAACAGAGUUUUUACAAAUGAUGGGUCACACAGACGCCCUGCAGUGUCUCAAACCUUCAGGAAUUCAAAUUCUGGUCCAACCACAGUCAGUGGCGGUCAUUGCUGGACACAACCUCCGUCUCAGCUGUUGCGCUGUAGGCUCUUCACCUAUUCAAUUCCAAUGGUUUAGAAAAACAGAGGAGGUACCUCAUAGCUCCUCCCCAGACCUGGUGUUCAGCCCAGUUCAGGUCAAAGACGCAGGGUUUUACAUCUGUAGGGUAAACUGUGGAAACACAUGUGUGUUUAGUCAUUGGGCCCAAGUGGACGUCCUUGAUGUUCCACCAAGAUGUGGGUUUGUAUCUCAGCCAUCGGACGGCAGGCCCAGGGUUUUGAUUCAGCCUCAUCCCCAAAGACUGUUUGUUGGCGAUUCACUCUUUCUGGAGUGUGGAGCUAUUGGGAGACCCAUACCGCAAUAUCAAUGGUACAAGAAUGGAAUGCCGAUCAAAAAAGCGACCAAGAGGAAAUACAGUGUCCAGGGUUUAAUGCCAGAGCACCAGGGAAGAUACCGCUGUGAAAUCUGCUGCAACAGCGAGCGCACAUGGAGCAAUGAAGUCGAUGUUGUCGUUGAAAGCCAUUCAGAAAUGAAAAACCCAGGGAUAUCAAUUCAUAUCUCAGAAGCAAUGGAAUGCUCUGAAGAACUGGUUUGGCAAAAUAAAAGAAGGUUCCAGAUUCUUUUCGAUGAUUUUUUGACCAGUGAGCAGUAUUACAGUCUUGAAAAACCUUACGCUACAGACAAAGUGGCCCUUCUGAUCGGUAACCUCACAUAUCGAAAUCACCCCCAGCUGAAAGCUCCUAUGGUUGAUGUGUAUGACCUCACCAAUCUUCUGCGGCAGCUGAACUUUAAAGUGGUGUCGUUGCUGGAUCUGACAGAGUCGGAGAUGCGGAAUGCCGUGGAGGAAUUCCUCUCCCUGCUUCAUAAAGGAGUCUAUGGUUUGUUGUAUUAUGCUGGACAUGGAUAUGAGAACUUCGGGCACAGUUUCAUGGUACCCGUGGACGCCCCAAAUCCAUACCGAUCAGCCAACUGCCUUUGUGUCCAGAGCAUUCUGAAACUGAUGCAGGAAAAAGAAACCGGACUUAAUGUCUUCCUCCUAGAUAUGUGCAGAAAAAGAAACUUGCAUGAUGAUGUCAUGCCGAAUGUCAUGCUUAAAGUCACAGCCAAUAUUGUGUUUGGAUAUGCAACGUGCCAAGAUGCAGAGGCUUUUGAAUUGAGUUCAAGCGGAUUCACCAAUGGAGUCUUUAUUAAAUUCCUAAAGGGACGCCUCCUAGAGGAUGAAAAGAUAACUGUUCUGCUAGACAGUGUUGCUGAAGAUAUGGGUCAGUUUGACCCGACGAAAGGUAAGCAGGCACUGGAGAUCCGCAGCAGUUUGUCAGAGAGGCGAUCCCUCACCGAUCCCAUCCGUCCUGGAGAGUAUUCACACCCGGCCCAGGCACACAACCUGCACUGGUGCAAAGCACACGAACUUCCAGAGAGUAAAAUAUUGGAUUUUGAAUGUGGCGUUCAGAUUAAAAUGGACUUUGCUGCAGAGUUCUCCAAUGUGCUGGUCAUCUACACCAGCAUUGUGAAAAAGCCAGAAGAAAUGGCAUCAUGUCAAGCACACAUAACUAAUCUUCCUCUGGAGCUGGAUGUAGAUCCGAAGUUGAUGAAUAAGGAGACUCUUGAGGAGACUGGAAGUUUCUUACUGACGGGCAGUCUUCCCCAGCAUUGCCUUUACACCCGGCUAAGCUCAAUACAGAAGCUCAGGGACGAACUUGCUUUUACUGUUUGUCUACAAGUCCAGUUUAGCUCCCUGGAAGAUCUGGUCCAGUGGAACAUGGACGUUAACAUCGGCAAGCCCCUCACUGCCAAACUGGAUCUCAACCGGCCGACCCGGAAGAACAGCUGCCAGCUGACGUGUCCGAUGCCCCACAGUCCCUCUACGAGUCCCAGCCACAGCCCGUCAUCCGACCGACGCUUCCACAGCCACGGCCCCUGCUUUUCCCAGAUGCACGCCAACCCCUACCUCAACGUCUGUGAGCCUCCCUGCGGUGCUAUAGGAGGUCACGGCGAAUUUCGAAUGUGUAAUGAUUAUACGUAUCCAUGUGAUAACGUGCCAGGCUCACCUUCGACCCCACUGAGUAUUCCUAUCGAGACCACCGAUGACGUUGAUGACAUGCAGAAUGAGUUUAUGAAUAGUUUGCAGUUCUACAACAAUCCCUAAAUCACAAAAUUUAAACACCAACUGAUUAAAUGUUUUGCUUGUAAUGCACUGUAAGUCGCUUUGGAUGAAGGCAUAAAUGUAAAUGUUAAAGGCCUUGCACGAGCCAAGCUACUUUUGUUUUUGUACACAGGACAAAACAGAGCUUAUAGGAGAGCAGAACCAGUAUGAUACAGUGUUUUUAUUUGUGUAUGUUACAAUACUUUCUCUUGUCUUAGUGUAUAAAGUUACAGAAGUUUAUUAAAGGGCACAUAUUAUACAAAAUCCACUUUUACAAGGUGUUUGGACAAAAAUGCGUGUUGGCAGUGUGUGAACACAACCACCCUACUUCUUUUUUAAUCCCCAUUAAACCAAAGCAGGGUCAUUAGCCGUUUUGAUUCUCUUGUCAAUGUGACAUCACAUUGAUAAAGCCCCGCCCAUAGCCACUGAGUGACAGUCCUGUAUUACCAUAGUUUCUGCCUUAGCGAAUUGUAGGCUGGAUUCACCGGAAUCAGACCUAUUUUAACUUAAAGUUCUCACUGUCUCUUUUGGAAAGGGAGUGAGGAGCAGUAGCUCAUUUGCAUUUAAAGGUACACACACACAAAACAGCGCAUUUUGCUCCCACCCAAAUAUGGGCUUUUUGGACAUGCUAUAAUAAAUGAUCAAUGGGGUAUUUUGAGCUGACACAUUGUGGACACACCUGAGACUUAUAUUACAUCUGUCAUUUUUUUUGUUGAAAACUUGUCAAGUCAUCAAAUCUCACUACCAAUACUUCAUAACACACUUAUUACUACACCUUUUUUGCAUAAAGCAAGUACUGUAACAGUCAGAGUAUUUUAGUUGUUAAAUGAUCAUUUAUGUUUAAUAUAUUGCAUAUUAUCUACUGUAAAACAUGUUCAUUUCGAUUUUAAGACAGUUUAUGAAUAUAAAUAAACUUUAUUUUCAAUAACUA